AGAAUGGAUAUUCCUGCAUGUACUGCUGCAUCUGGCUGCACAUCCCCACCCCACGAAUACGAAGACGUCCAUCUUUAUGAGGAUAUUCCUGCUACCCUGCCACCCUUACAUGUCACAGCUACAGCGCCACCUGCCUAUAUAAGUAAGAGCUGCAGCUGCUGAGGUUAGAGCACUGUCUUUAUAUAAUAUUUAAAAGUACAGUAUAGAUUUUUUUAUCUCUACAGAUAAUUUUCAAGAGAUUCCUCAGAUUCCUCAAAACUCUAAUAGAACGAUGGCAAACCCUUAUCCUGUCCUCAAUGUGCCUCCUCAAAUAGCAAUGGUGACACAAGAACAAAAUCAUUUUCAAGAGAUUCCUCAGAUUCCUCAAAACCCUAAUAGAACGAUGGCAAACCCUUAUCCUGUCCUCAAUGUGCCUCCUCAAAUAGCAAUGGUGACACAAGAACAAAUGUUCAUGCAGCAGCAGGUGAGCACUGUAGCCCCUCAGGUGAUCAUGGUGCAGCCACAGAGGGUUGUUGUUUUGGGUGACACACCAACAGCGACUGUGUGCCGGUACUGCUAUAAGAGCAUCAUCACUAAUGUGAAAUAUAAACCCGGUUGUGCUGCAUGGGGCAUGUGCCUCUUACUAACUGUACUUGGACUCAUCUGUGGAAUUUGCCUCAUCCCAUUCUGUGUCAGGGGGUUUCAAGAUGCCCAUCACACCUGUCCUUACUGCCGCAGGCAUUUAGGAAUAUAUGUCCGCAAAUGACUUUCCAAACUCUCACCCACACAUUAUGAUAAGUAAUCACAAGCCAAAAAACAUUAUAGAACAGAUACCACACUAAUUUAAGUGCCACAAUGCAUUAAAACAAUUAUAAUGCAAAACACAUUUGCUUAGUUAACAAUUAGCUUAAAAGUCCUAUUACCGUAGUUACGAGCUUACAAGUUGAAAUCUUCUAAUUACGACAUGGUGUGAACUCACAUUUAAGCUGUUUUAAAGAUCUAAACUGUUACUGUCACGGUCACCAGCACUAGCACUCCAUUUCCCAGCAUCCCUCCUGCUCCUCACCUGCACACAUUCAUUUGUUUCUAUGGACACUAGUCAUCUUCACAGCUGCACAUUAUCAGUUAAUUUCCCUGUGUGUGUAUAUAAGUUCCAGUUUCAGUUCUGUCCCUUGUCCGUUAUCCAUCUUAUUAUGUUGUGUUGUGUUUUAUCUGCCUGUGCCUGUUUGGAUUAAACUUGGA